AUGGCCAUCGAUACCUCACCCCGUGCCAGCGACACCUCGCUCGACUACAAGGGUAAAAUCGCCUUUGUGAGCGGCGGCGGCCGCGGCAUCGGGCUGGCCAUCACGCGCGCGCUGGCCAGCGUCGGCGCGACCGUCGUGAUCACCUGGACGUCGCGCGACCCAUCAGCGGAAGCGAAGCAGAUCACCGCGGAUACUGGGGCGGCAGUGCACGCGUACCGCUGCGCAGCGGAGGACAGCGCGCAGGUCGACGCGCUGGUCGAGCGCGUCGCCGCCGAGGUGGGGCAGGUGGACCUCGUCGUCGCCAACGCUGGCGUGUGCCUGUGGCGCGACACGAUCGACAUGAGCGACGAUGAGCUGCGCUGGAUCAUGGACACCAACCUCUUCGGCCCGAUAUACCUCGUGCGCGCGUUCGCGCGGCACUGGCUAGGCCUGCCUGCCGCUGUCGACCCGGCGGUGCGUGCCGAGCGGCCGGCAAAGCAGAACCUCAACAAGAAGAUCCUGUGCAUCUCGAGCAUCUCGGCCUUGGUGAACAUGACGCCGCAGGUACAGAUGGCGUACAAUGCGUCCAAGGCGGGCGUGACGAGCGCCGUCAAGUCACUCGCCGGCGAGUGGGCCCAGUACGGCAUCACGAUCAACGCCAUCUCCCCCGGAUACGUCAAGACGGACAUGACGAUGCACCCGCCCCCCGGGGACGGCGCGGCGUGGGUCAAGAAGUGGCGCGACAUGACCCCCGUCGACCGGUUCGCCGAGCCCAGCGAGAUCGGCGACCUUGUCGUGCUCCUCGGCUCUGCGCGCGCGUCGAGCUUCAUGACGGGGCAUGAUAUCGUCGUGGACGGGGGGUACACUACGUACUAA